AUGAAAUUGUAUAUACAUUCUGGAAACGUCGUGGAAAUUUAUGAUUCCAUCCAAGGAGAAACCAUAGACUAAUUAUAAAAGGCAUUGGGAAGCGAAGUGCUUCUCAAUAACAGGACAAUUUUAAACACUUCAAUGUUGGUCAAUAGUUUUUUCAAUGACAAUGAUGAUGUGAUUGUAUAAAAAGUGAAACCCAUACCAGUUUAAUAGAAUGCUUAAGUGCCUGCUUAGGUACCUGCGUAAAAACCUAUCCAUUAUAACAAUAUUACAAAAUUCGCAUUUUAUGAUGCUGAUGAAAUGAAUGUUAGAGUUGUAGUUGAAUUGAAGGAUAUUGCAAAGCAUCCAUUAGAAAAGUUCUAGGCCAGGUUUUUUGAAAAAUCAUUUGAAAUAAAAAUUCACGAUUAUCAAAAUAAGAAUUGGACUUUUGGAGUUGCCAGAACCUAAUGCAAAUUAGAUGCUGCAAAUAGUAAAUUCACUCUCAAGGGCGAUAAGAUAUUGAUCACAUUAAGAAAGGUGAAGAAGGAGGAUAAUUGGUUUUCGAUUCACAAGCAAAAAACAAUAGGUGGUGACGAUUCAGAUUGAAUAUAUAAUUAUAAUAAAAGUGAUUGAGAAAUUAGCAUAUUGGUUGA